AUGAAGUGGAUCGUGCUCGCCCUGCUGCUGGGCUGCAUGGCCGCAGCUCAAAAGUCCACCGACCAGUGGCCUAUGCUACCUUUCAAGCCCGUAGACACAGGACUUUCUUGCGAGGUGCAGACGCACCACAAGAUACGGUGUGGCCCCGACGGAAUCUCGUCUUCCGAGUGUCAAGCCAUCAACUGCUGCUUUGAUGGUAACCUGUGCUACUACGGGAGACAUGUGACUCUCCAGUGCACCAAGGAUGCCCAGAUGAUAGUGGUUAUCAGCAGAGAUGCCAGCCUGCCCCGCAUCGACUUGGCAUCCCUUUCGUUGAUCUCCAGUGGGCCCGGGUGUGGACCGGUUGACAGCACGUCGGCUUUUUCCAUUUAUCAGUUUCCGGUCACGGCGUGCGGCACUGUAAUCAUGGAGGAGCCUGGUGCUAUAACCUAUGAAAACAACAUGUCGGCCUCCUAUGAAGUCAAUGUUGGACCGUAUGGAGCGAUUACCAGGGACAGCCGAUUUGAGCUGGCCGUUCAGUGCAGAUAUGUCGGCACUUCCGUUGAAGCCAUUGUCAUCAAGGUGGACCAGGUUCCAGAACCCCCUCCAGUUGCAGCUCCAGGGCCCUUGAAGGUGGAGCUCAGGCUGGGCAACGGCAGACGCACAGCCAAGGGUGAUAUGGACUAUGAAGUGGUCUUCAACUACUUCUAUGCCGAUAGUGACUACCCGGUCACAAAGGAGCUCAGGGAGCCCGUUUAUGUUGAGGUCCGGAUGCUGGGUAGGACUGACCCCAACCUGGUCUUGACUCUUGGGCGAUGCUGGGCCACUGCACAUUCUUAUCCUCACAGCAUGCCUCAGUGGGACUUGCUGGUUCAUGGGUGCCCGUACGUGGACGACCGCUACCAGACAUCCCUGGUGCCGGUCGACUCCUCGUCAGGCCUCGAGUUCCCCACCCACCAUCGGCGCUUUUUGUUUAAGAUGUUCACGUUCGUGUCCACCACGACAGCCAAUCCUGGCAAGGGAGGACCUGCAGAUCCAGAGGGUAUAACUCCUCUCAAGGGAAAGGUGUAUAUUCACUGUGACACAACAGUGUGCAUGCCCCAUCAGGGAAACAACUGUGAGCCUCAGUGCUACAGGGGGAAGAGGGACCUUGCUGGUACCAAACAAACAACCGCCGAGUCUGACAGCGCUUUGGUUAGCAGUUUGGAGAUUCAGUUUAUUGACCCAAACUAA